ACGUGACCAGACUACAAACUUGCACUACUCUAUCUGCAAGCCUGGUGCCUCCCUUGUUCCCAGAGAGAAGAAAACACAGGAAUUCUAUAGUCAGAGACCCAGAGAUGAGGGGCAUCCUUACACUGGCUUGGUUCUUCGCUUGUACUGUGCCUGCUGUGCCCGGAGACUUGCUUGACCUGAAGUCCAUGAUUGAGAAAGUGACUGGAAAGGAUGCUCUGAAGGCUUAUGGCUUUUAUGGCUGCUACUGCGGUUGGGGUGGCCGAGGGACCCCUAAGGAUGGCACUGACUGGUGCUGUUGGGUACAUGAUCAGUGUUACGGGCGGCUGGAGGAGGAAGGCUGUAACAUUCGGACACAGUCAUACAAAUACAGAUUCGCAUGGGGCCUUGUCACCUGUGACCGAGGGACCUUCUGUCCAGCAAAGCUCUGCACCUGUGACCGGAACUUUGUCUACUGCCUGAAGAGAAAUCUGUGGAGCUACAACCCUUAUUAUCAGUAUUUCCCCAACAUCUUCUGCUUCUAGUGGCUCUGAGUGAACUUGUUCCUGACCCUGCUUCUCUUACAUCAGGUUAUUACUAUCUGCAGACCCCUGACAGCCGCCUCCAGGAGUGGGCCUUAAAUCUUCCUCCUAGCUCUGUCCAGCUGGGAGGAGCCCCAGACCACACUUCCUGCUCCAGAAUGGUGUCUCUGGUCCAGGAUGUGGCCAAAUUCAGAGUCACUAGCUGUCUGUGAGCUCAGCCUUGUGAGUUGAGGAAGGGAAUUCUCUUUCCAGCUCUGGAUGGGAUUUAAUGUUUAUUUUCUUCGAUACAUUUACCAACAUAGCCCUCCAGGGAAUGUUUCUUCCAGUAAAAGCAAA